UUUCAGCAGUUUGGAUGUGGCAACCCUGUGUGUGUUGUGUUGUGCUACGGGCGACGACGAUCGUGCCUGCGUCUGCACCAUCCCUGUGUGAGUGUGUGAGUGGCCAGCACGUGGUGACCACAGUCAAUACAACCCUGUGUGAGUGACCAGCCCCUGAGCCCGUGGUGACCACAGUCAAUACACACCACCACCAUGGUGCCCACCUUCAAGAAGGCCGUUGGAGUAGCACUCGGGAGCUGGAAUCCUCUACAGUUUGCUGUUCAACAAGAAGCAGGUGGCAAGGAGAGUGCGGCCAUAGCUGAAUGGAUGGUUGGCAUCAUUGAACAGUAUUUCUAUGACAAUGAGGAUCUUGAACCUGAAGAAGUUGCAGAUUAUCUAGCAACAAUAAUGGAUCAAGAACUGAAUACUCUUGUCGAUGACGAGUCUGAUGUAGAGAUUGGGAAGUGCCUGUGUCAUCUCUAUCAGCUGUGUGUGGCAGGCAAUGAUGCACAGGUGAUGGAUGAGUUAUCCAAAAUGCCAAAGUGUGAUUUGUCUCUCUGUAGGAUACAAGAACAACCUGAUGUGGAAAAUGAAGAUAAUGCACCUCUGUUGGUUGCUGCUCAUAUGAGCGGACUGCAGCUGAACGAAGGCGAUAAACUGUCAGCCAACACCUGUAACGGCCAGACUCCAAAAGAACUUACUGACUUGGAACGGCAGCACCUUGAAGAUGAGAAGGAUGGCUGGACUGUCAUACGAAAAGGAAACAAGAGACAAUAAAAUAUUUUAAUAAAUAGGUCUGCAAACUCGAGGGAGGCAGGGAAUCGCUGCAAAAGUCUGCAGGGACAGACUUUGUCCCAAGCUCACUAGUUUUGAAACCUGUGGUGGUGUUGGAUUUUAUCACAAAGGGGAUGGAAAUCUGGAAAGUGACUUGUUGGCAAGUACAAUCUUAGGGGUGUGGUUAUAGCAACACUAGGUAGGCAGAAUAUUAACAUCAGAAUACUGUAAUAACAUUACAGCAUGUUCCAUCAUUUUAAAUAUUAGUUAAUAAAAGUAUACAGUACUGUACUUUUAUGUUUACAUAAUUGUUGUGCAGGGUUUUUGUAUAUUUCUUCAUAAGUUUGGUUCAUAUAUUUAAAUACUGGCUAGUCACAUGCAGCUUGUAUAAUUUUACUAAUUGUCUUCCCUUUUAUUUAUUAUGUUGUUGCUAGAUGGCAAGUAUUUGCUUAUUGGUCUGUCCUGUCCCUAUGUUCAGUGUCUGACAAACUUCAAGAGGGAUGAAAGUGCUCAAUUCAUUAUUUAAUUUUUAUUUUGUGUAUGUAUUUCUAAAGUCACACAUUUUUGUGAGUUUUUAGGAAAGCUAAUGUAGUCGUAAUGGAUUAGCGCCUUCUGAUAUUUACCUUACCUACGUACAUAUCAGUAACACGGACAUUAAUGGAAGUGUUUAGUAACUCAACAUUUCUAAAGCCAUAAUAAUCUGGUAGGUCAGAGACUCAAGUUAAGGAAUAUGAAUCUAGUUUCUUGGUCCAGCUGAUUAUCCAGGUUUAAAGACUUUCAAAAUGCUUCUAGCAAAUAUUCCUUCUGCAAAGCAAUUUGCUGCUUGAUGUACAGUUUCACCUGUAUGAUGGAAGUUAUGAAAUCACAAAAGCAUUUUUUUGUCUUGAGUUUUAAAGAUGAAGACUAUAUCAGUGCAAUAAAAAAACUUGCAUGGCAGUAAUAGUUGGCAAUUACGUUAAAACUUGCACCAUUCACCAACAGCAGCAAGUCUGUCUAUUUUUAAUGCUAAAACAUUUUACACAGGUCAAAGUAAACAAAAAUUUGAAGGAGGAUUUCUUAAUACAGUACUGUAUUGCCACCCUAAUGCUGCAUUGCUCUAGAAAAUUUAAUAGAAUGUUAUGUAUCCGAGUUGAUGUUCCACGUAUAAGUGGAGUUACAGUCUGACGAGACUAAUAAAAUAAUUUUGAAUAACAUUGAAGUGGUUAGACUAUAUAUGCUCUACUUAAUGAACACAUGAAACCAAUAUAAUAAUAGAAGGAAUUACUUCUAAAGCUACAUUUUGUAAUAUUCACUCUUGCAGCUUUGGAGAACUGCAUUAAAGUCAUGGGUUUGCAUAAUAACUUAGUGUAUAACUUCUUUUCAGCUUAAAUAUACUUAAAGCCAUCAGUAGGCAGGCAGUGAGUCUAUAGACAUUCAACUAUUAUACUAACAAACUUCUUCAUUAAUGUUAAGCUUAUUUUAAUUACAUGUACUCUUUCUUUAUUGUAUUCUAAAUUUCUUUUAACACCACUGAAAAUUUGGAAAUUUUCUUCACUUUGUUGUCACCAGCUAAGCAGUGACACUUCAUUUAUUUUACCAUAUGUUCUAUGUGUUGUACAUGUAAUUUCUGUAGUUUAUGUUGAGGCAGAAUUUGUGCAGCAUGGUGAUAAAUACUGCACUUUCUUUACACACAUUUAAAUUAUCAAUGGCAAAAAUUAAGCACUUAGCUGUUUUCCAAGGAGUCAGUGUUUAAUUGACACUAGUAUCCACUAAGGAAAGUUCAGCUGUCCAUUUAAGGACUCUGCAGAUUAUAUAAGGAGAUGCAGCCCUGCUUAAAGGGCAACUCUGCUUCUCCAAGAUGUCAGAGUUCUGUUAAGGUGACUGCUGAUGUCAGCUGCUUAUGAAGGGACACUUGGCUGCUAUCCACAGGGAUGAAUGUUCAGCUGUCUUCCACAGGAAUGUCAGCUCGGUCACGGUGGUCAGGGUGAGUGUAAGGCAGCACUGAAAUAAAUGUGAAGAAGCUUUAUCAUAUUAUAAAACAAAACUUGUUGAUGUUCACAUUGACCAAAACUACAUGAAGUUUCAAAUUGAGGAGGUCCUAAAUGCUAACAACAAUGAUGUUGUAUAACCUAAUUGGGAGAAAAAUUAACUGGUAACACAGUAUUCUGUACUGAGACUAGCUUUCUCAAAUCAAUCACCUUGGACUGUCACUUUUCCAUUCAGGGGUACAGUAGUAUGUUUUGAGGGCAGUUAGCCAUACAUUAGUACCCUUGGGUGUUUGCUCACCCCUACCACAAAAAAUUACAGAGCCCUUAGUUGUUUGCUCACCAAAGCACAACAAUUACAAAAUAAUAUCACUAUAAAUCUGUUAAAUUACA